GGAUGAAAUAAAGUAAACAAAUUAUCCUUACAUGCUGUAGGUUUGAAUGGGAUGUUGUUGCUACGAAGAUAAAGCUGGAACCGGGAGAUCGUUCAGUCUCUGAUGUCAGGAGUUACGGAAGAACGAGUGGCCAGGCAGGAGCCACGGCAGACAGGAGAAGCAGACAUCUGGGCAGAGAAGUUUGGAGUGGUAAUACCGCCGACCGAAGUUGACGUGGAGCUGGCCCGGGAAGGGCUGUUUGAACUGGUUGCAUGGAUCUCGGCUCCGGGAAAAACGGCAAACAGAUCAUUAUCCGCCGAAACGGAAUAAUCCAGAAUACUGUCCAUGAUGCGUGCAUUUACGAUGAAAUCGAAACGCAACUGAGAGACAUGGCUCAGUUCAAGGAGGUUGUGCAGAGGUCUUCUCUUCACCCUAAACCAGUGGGACUGGUUCUUCAGUAUGGGACGGCCGGGUUCCGCACCAAGGCUCAAGACCUGGACCAUGUCAUGUUCAGGAUGGGUCUGCUGGCUGUGCUAAGAUCCAAAAAAACCAAAUCCACCAUCGGGAUCAUGGUCACUGCCUCUCACAACCCAGAGGAAGACAAUGGUGUCAAACUAGUGGACCCUUUGGGGGAGAUGCUGGCCCCUUCUUGGGAAGAGUACUCCACACAGCUGGCUAAUGCAGAAGAACAAGGACUGCUGACUGCCUUAAAAGAUGUCAUUGAAAAAGAAGCUGUGAACAUGCAGCAAGAGGCGUGUGUCGUGGUUGGGAGAGACACCAGGCCCAGCAGUGAGAAACUUUCCCAGGCAGUUUUAGAUGGUGUGAUGGCUCUAGGGGGCAAAUACCAUGAUUACGGCCUUGUGACAACGCCACAGCUGCAUUUCAUGGUUUGCUGCCGAAACACUAAUGGCCUGUACGGUACAGCCAGUGUGGAAGGAUACUACCAGAAAGUUUCCCAGGCUUUUGUCGAGCUGACAAAGCAGGCCCCAAAUCGCACUGAUGACCACAAGCACCUGAAGGUGGACGGAGCAAAUGGGAUUGGAGCUCUUAAACUCAAGGAGAUGGAGGGGUUCCUGCAAAAAGAACUACUGGUGUCUCUGUACAAUGACGGGAGCAGCGGGAAGCUCAACUAUCUUUGCGGGGCAGAUUUUGUCAAAGUCCAGCAGAAAUCUCCACAAGGUAUUGAGAUGCUGGCAGGUGAACGCUGCUGCUCUUUUGACGGGGACGCUGACAGAAUCGUCUACUAUUACAAUGACGAUGCCGGGCACUUCCACCUGCUUGAUGGAGAUAAAAUAGCAACCUUGAUAGGCACCUUCCUAAAAGAGCUCCUCCCAAAGGCAGGUUUGGAUCUUCAGAUUGCAGUGGUACAAACCGCUUAUGCAAAUGGAAGCUCCACACGAUACCUUGAGGAAACUAUGAAGGUCCAAGUGCACUGUGCCAAAACUGGGGUCAAACACUUACACCACAAGGCUCAGGAGUUUGACAUUGGGGUUUACUUUGAGGCUAAUGGCCAUGGCACUGUUCUGUUCAGUAAAGGAGCAGAAGAGAAGAUCAAACAGCAGGCACAAAAUGAAAAUGCUGCUGAUGAAAAAAGAAAAGCUGCUAAAAUAUUGGAGAGUACCAUCAAUCUGAUCAACCAGACUGUUGGUGAUGCCAUUUCAGACAUGUUGGUAAUUGAGGCAGUCUUGGCACUGAAAGGCCUGGCAGUUAACCACUGGGAUGCAAUGUACACAGACCUUCCAAAUAGACAACUCAAAGUAAAGGUGGCAGACAGGAGAGUUAUUGAAACCGCAGAUGCAGAGAGGUGUGCAGUUAGCCCACCAGGGCUGCAGGAAGCAAUCAAUGCUCUAGUGAAGAAGUACAGUCUGUCCAGGGCAUUCGUCCGGCCAUCAGGAACUGAAGAUGUUGUCCGGGUGUACGCUGAAGCAGACACGCAGGGCAAUGCUGACACCUUGGCAUAUGAAGUGAGCCUGGCAGUGUACCAGCUAGCUGGAGGAGUUGGCGAGGAGCCUAAGCCCUUGCAGUAACUGGCUGGAUGCACUUCCCACAUAGUGUACCAUUAUGGAUUAACUUAGGGAUGCAUGCAAUAAAAGGCUGUGGUGUAUUUUAGGAGAUGGAACAAAAUGUUUAAAAUAAUGUUAAGGAAAGACUUUUACAUCAGAAUUCCAUUCUGUGCGGUACUAUACUAUUUUUCUAAUCCAGUAUAAAAAAAGCAAAAAACAAACAAACAUGUACUUAGGGAAAGUUAUUCAAAUAAUAGUUGUAGUGUGAUCCUCAGAAGGACUGUGCCUAACCUCAGUAAAUACAACGUGUAUACAAACCAUUUAUGCUGCUUGCAGUUGUUUAUGUGGAAGAUGCCUUAUUAUUUUGUGUUUGAUUAACAAUGGGAGACUCAAGAUUAAAAA